CUGUGCUGAUGGGAAGCCAGAAGCUUCUUCCGGGUCUCCCGUGCGGCUGCAGGGGCCCAAAGAUUUGGGUCAUCUUUUCCUUUCCCAGGACAUAGAAGAGAACUGGAUCGGAAGUGGAGCAGAACUGGAGCAGCCGGUACUCAAACAUGCACCCAUAUAGGAUGCCUAGGAUGCCAGCACUGCAGGCAGUGGUUUUACCUGUUCGGCCCCAGCACUAGCCCCCAAGAGUCAAAUUUCUUGAGACACACACAGACACACACUCUCUAACACAACUACGAGACCUAAUAAAUUCACCAGUAUUAAAAAAAAAUUUAUCAAUAUUGCAAGAUGAAAGAUAAACAUCUAAAAAUGAAUUGUAUUUCUGUAUACUAACAAUGAACAAUCUGAAAAUGAAAUUAACAUGGCAGUUCUAUCUAUUAUAGCAUGAAAAAUGAUGACAUACUUAGAAAUAAAUCUUUAAAGUUUAGGACAUGUAUGCUUCAGGUUACAAAACACUGUCAGAAAAAAAGAAGCCUAAAUACAGGCAUGAGUGCAUAAUGACAUUUGGUCACAUACUGCCUGGUGACAUAUUCAUCUUCGUUUGUGUACGUAUACUCUGAUGUUUGCACAAGAAGUGACCACCUGACACAUUUCUCAGACCUUAAAGUGACACAUGACUGUACAUGGAAAGGAAUCCUAUGGUUAGGAUUGAAAAAACUUAAUUUUUAAAAGAUUAUUUUACUCCCACAAUUGAUCUACAGAUUUGGUGCAGUGUUAUCAGAAUCCUAUCUGCCUCUUUUGCACAAACUGACUAGCAAAUCAUAGAAUUCGUAUGGAAAUGCAAGGAAUCUAGAAUAGCCAAGAGAACCUUUGAAAAAAGAACAAAGUUAAAGAAUUCACACUUCAUCAUUUCAAAACAUACUACCAAGCAACAAUAAUCAAGAUGAUAUGGUUCUGGCAUAUAGAACAAUAGAUCAACGGAAUAGAAUUGAGAAUACAGAAAUAAAUCCCAAAUACAUCGCUGGUGAAUUGAUUUUGAUGAGGACCCUGAGAUGAUGUCCGAAUAUCAGGAUGGCUGAAUAUCCAUAAAUAAAAAGAACGGUGUACUCCUACCUCACACCAUGUACAAAAAUUAAAACAAGAUGAAGGACCUAAAGAAACUAUAGUGACAGUGAAACUGAAGGAGAGAUUUUUAAUUCCCUAGUGCAAUAUUUUGGUGAUAAUUUGGGGCAAAAAGUUAAAGCGAUGCCAUUAGUUGAAGAAACUUCUUUACUUGGGGACUCGUCUGUGACUUUGCCUGUGGUAAUAAUAGGAAAUGGACCUUCAGGAAUAUGCCUCUCCUAUAUGUUAUCAGGCUACAGACCGUAUUUAUCAUCAGAAGCAAUGCACCCCAAUGCAAUCUUACAUAGUAAAUUAGAAGAAGCAAGACAUCUUUCCAUUGUUGAUCAGGACUUAGAAUAUUUGUCUGAGGGUCUUGAGGGCCGAUCAUCCAAUCCAGUCGCAGUGCUUUUUGACACACUGCUUCAUCCAGAUGCUGACUUUGGGUAUGACUAUCCAUCCAUUUUGCAUUGGAAAUUAGAACAGCAUCAUUAUAUUCCUCACUUAGUUCUUGGUAAAGGUCCACCUGGUGGGGCUUGGCAUAAUAUGGAAGGCUCCAUGUUGACAAUCAGCUUUGGAAAUUGGAUGGAGCUACCUGGACUUAAAUUUAAGGAUUGGGUGUCCAGUAAACGAAGGAACCUAAAAGGAGAUCGAGUUAUGCCAGAGGAAAUAGCUCGCUACUAUAAACAUUAUGUAAAAGUCAUGGGUCUUCAGAAGAACUUCAGAGAGAAUACAUAUAUAACCUCCGUAUCAAGACUCUACAGAGAGCAGGAUGAUAAUGAUAGUCAAGAUGGAGAUGUUUCAACAAAGCAUUUACAGAUAGAGAAGUCAACAUUUAUCAAGAGAAACUGGGAAGUCAGGGGUUAUCAGCGGAUAGCAGAUGGUUCUCAUGUUCCCUUUUGCCUUUUUGCUGAGAACGUAGCUCUAGCAACUGGAACAUUGGAUUCUCCUGCCCAUCUGGAAAUUGAAGGGGAAGAUUUUCCUUUUGUGUUUCAUUCAAUGCCUGAAUUUGGAGCUGCUAUAAACAAAGGAAAGUUGCGUGGCAAAGUAGAUCCAGUGUUAAUUGUAGGUUCUGGGCUAACUGCAGCUGAUGCAGUCCUGUGUGCUUACAAUAAUAAUAUCCCUGUGAUUCAUGUAUUCCGUAGACGAGUAACUGAUCCAAGCUUAAUUUUCAAACAGCUUCCCAAAAAACUCUAUCCUGAAUAUCAUAAAGUCUAUCAUUUGAUGUGUACUCAGUCAUAUUCUGUAGACUCAAAUCUUUUGUCUGAUUAUACAAGUUUUCCUGAGCACCAUGUGCUUUCCUUUAAGUCGGAUAUGAAAUGCAUUCUUCAAAGCAUCUCUGGAUUGAAGAAAAUAUUUAAGCUGUCUGCAGCAGUAGUAUUGAUAGGUUCUCAUCCUAACCUAUCCUUUUUAAAGGAACAAGGGUGUUACCUAGGCCAUAACUCAAGUCAGCCAAUCACAUGUAAGGGCAAUCCUGUGGAAAUAGAUGCAUAUACCUAUGAGUGUGUUAAAGAAGCCAACCUUUUUGCGCUGGGUCCCUUGGUUGGAGACAAUUUUGUUAGAUUUUUAAAGGGAGGGGCACUUGGUGUUACACGCUGUUUAGCUACAAGACAGAAGAAAAAGCAUUUGUUUGUUGAACGAGGAGGAGGAGAUGGGAUAUCUUAAACCAAAUUUAUAAAUAAAUGGACAGUUUACCAUUAAAGAUUUUUAAUAUGGUUUUGCAGUGUACUGGCUUGAAUUUUCUGGACUUGAAUUUACUGGAGGAGAACCUCAAGCUAUAGUUAACUUCAUUUUGCAGUUCCUAGAACUUGGUGGCCUGAUUUGUAUAAAAACGUAUCAAAGGUGUCACUAUUCGACAAAUAGAAACACUGCCAACUUCUUUAUACUUUAAGCUUUCAGUAACUAAAAAUAUUCUUUUCUUCCAAGAUGUAUUUUUAAUGGUCAUUUUUGGGUUGUUUCUUCCGUUUGAUUCCAAAAUAUUACAACCUUAAAUCUAUAAAACCACAUAGUCUUUAAGUGAGAAAUUGUCCUCACUAUAUAUUGGAUCACCUUGAUGCUCAAAAGGUGGUCCAGGGACCAGCAGUAUCCUCUUCAUCUGUUAGUCAUUAGACAUGGAGAUGCUCAGGCCCCACAGCACUCUUACUGAAUCAGAAACUGCAUUUUUUUAACAAGAUCCCCAAGGGAUAUAUGUAUGUUCAUUAAAGUUUGAGACACUGGCCUAAGUGAAAAAUGGCUAUGUAUAUAUUGCUGGGGGUGGUUUAAGGGCAAGGGGCAUUUACAACUCAGGUUUUAUUUAUUUUGAAAUUACCAAUUGUAAAUUAAUUUAUUACCAAAUAUGAUAGUCUUCUAAAAAUAUUUUUAUUGUUGGAACCUUGACACAUACUUCAUAAUCUUCUAAUAAUUUAAACAUUCCAGUAAUGUUGGUAUGUGCUUCGACAUCUGAGAACCAAAUAUAUUUUCAGAGAUUUGUUCUCUAAUCACCAUAAAAUCUAAUAAAUCUGAUUUCUAAUAAAUUGUGAAUGGAACUACUUAUCCAUGAGUGUGAACAUAGUUCAUUUCUGUAAGACAUCUGGGCAUGGUAAGUACUUCUGAAACUGUAAUGUAUUUGGGUAUUACCAGAAUUAUUAAAGCUUAAAGUAGAAAAGGUUAAAAUUUUUAUUUUCCAAUCCCAAAAUUUCCAUUCUCAAAAUUAAUUUGAGAUCACUAAUAUUGUUUGUUCAUUGGAGAUGAAAGUAGCUUACACAAUGAUUAUUUAUUUGAUGUGCCUGUUCUAAUUAUCUUGAUUUGCAUUUAAGUGGACUUAAUGUCUGUAUUUUCACACAGAUUGUCAGAAUUUUUAGUAUAAGACAACAUCUCAAGUUUUCCUUUGUAAUUGAAUCUAUCAGUAUUUUCUUUGGUAUAGUAAUUUCAUCUUGGAAUGUGUUCAUUGAAGCUCUAAUUCUAUUUUUCAUAGAAUUUUAAAAAGUGGACCUGUUAGUAUUUUCAUGUACAUUCUUAACAAUGCUAUGUGCUUGGUUAACUAAGAUCUUAAAUAUAAUGUUUUAAAAUUAUUUGCUUCCACUAAGUAAUUGCUUCAGAAGAAUUCUUAAGAUUCUUGAUAAUGGCAUACCUGAGUUAAAAUUGAACUGUAAUCCAGUUUCAUUUUAUGGCAAUUUUUAAAAAACUGUUUACACACUUUAUUGAAAUGGUAUUACAUCCUCUGACUAUACAUGAGUCAAUAUUCUUUUGCUUGCCUUUUUUGAAUUCUGAAUGAAUUGGAUAGGAUAUUUUUCUUAAUGUCAGUUUUAAAUAAAAAAUGACAGUAUUGUACAUAUGAUUUCUAGGAAGGAGUAAGACCUAUUGACAUCCUCUUGUGCCUCCGAGUCUGCUCCUACUCAACAAAUAGUAUUUCUUCUGAUGAGAGUUUUUGUUAAAAAAGAUAAGAAAAAAAGAAUCUUUAGGGAAAAUAAAGCUUCAGUAAAACCCUAAACAAAUAUGGUGGGUAAUUUCAUCUUUGACAGCCUCUUGUUUAUCGAAUCUGUUAAUGGUAGGUCUCCUCUGUGGCAUAUAACAUUCAGGCCUUUCCACUUAUGUUUAAGGUUAUUAACUUCUAUACCACAAUUCCAAAUGUUUC